GCCGCAGCUCAAAGGAAGGAAGGAAGGAAGGAAGGAAGGAAGGAAGGAAGGAAGGAAGUGAAGAAGAAAAGGUAAAGGAAGAAAAAUAAGAAAGUGUAAAAUAAAGACAAACAACAGGAACAGGAGAGAGAGAAAGCUGAAGAGGAGGAGGAAAAGAGGAAAAGAGUGAAGGAAAAGUAGGAAAGAAAGGAGGAGAGGAAAGAGAAGGGAGGUAAAACUGUCCUCCUAACUCUUUUAACGACAACCACAAUCACAGCAAUUACCUCAAUUAGCCCCUUGCUCUCCUGCCUCGAUCACCCACCACCAUCACCACCACUACAACCAGUACCAACCAACAUCACCCAAACACCAUAUACAAUCACCACAAUCAAGCCAUUUACCACAAUUAACCACAAUUUUAAUUAGACAACCAGUUCACUGAGAUAAUCUUCUACUACUACUACUACUACUACUACAAUCUCCCACGAUGUUUACUUACAAUCAGAACCUAAUCAUUAGUUUCGUGAGACCAGUUAAGAAAUUUUCAAACCUUUUAUUUUCCCUUCUAUAAACACUUCAAGACACUCACUAAGCCUAUUCCUGAUCCUAUUCACAUAUUUCAGGAUCCUAAAGAGACAUACUCCAAUACCUUUUAACACUCCCGAAUUCCACAGCAAAUAUUUGAAGGUGGAUAUAGUGACCUUGGGAGCAUUCAACAACAACAACAACAACAACAACAAUUACUAACAUCAUUAUACCUGCUGGUCUCGGAAGUUAAGAAUAAUUAAGUUCAGGUGCGGUCUGGCAUUGUAACGAACACACACACACACACACACACACACACACACACACACACACACACACACAAACUUAAUCUUCACUCACAUCACUUCCACCACCAACAUCACCACUAACUCCACCACUCCACAACAACUUUCAAAUCCACUUCACAACCACCACCACCUCCACCUCCACCAUGUCCCGCCUGGCUAGUAUCCGUCUCACCUCCACCGAAAGUGACUCCACCUCGCUCAGCGGCUGCCCCAACUCCUCCACCUCGCAGGAGUAUGUGGACUCCGAUAUGACCAUGUCCCCGCUCAGCCCCAAGAGCCCCGUCAGCCCCAGGUCCCCGCGAGGCUCAAGACCUUGCUCCCCGCUGGCCAGCCCUGUCCGAGCGCGCGGGGGCAACCUGGCGUACCUGGCCUCGCGGCGCUCCUCACGGGACAGCGAAGCGGGGGACGUGGCGCCGCUCAACUACGCCCGGUACAAACAUCGGCGCACCUCCAACUUCCUCGAGCUGCCCACCCCCGACCACUUCAGGCCCCGCGUGAGCUCGCUGCCGGAGAAGCCCUACAACCCAAGGGAUGCCGAGGAGAUCUACCGCCUCCGCUCCUUCUCCAUCACCUCCAAGGGCAUCAUCAACAGGGGGGACUCCAUCAUCUCCAAGCGGUCGCGGUCCAACACCUCCGUCUGCUCCACCACCUCCAGGCGUUCAUCUCUCACUGUCUCCCGCGGCAGCGUUAGCGAGGAGGCGCGGAGGCAGUCGGUCGGGCAGGAGGCACCAGAGCCGGCCCGCCCCUCACCAAGACUCUCCGCCAGCAAUCUCAGCGUGCACACCUUAACAAGCAGGCCGUCCAGUCGCAGCGGGCGGAGUGGAGAGAGGUCACCCUUCGAAGGAUCAUGCUGCGGCUCAUCCUACGUGUCCUCGGAGUCCUCCAUCGAAGUGGCCAAGUACAGGGUGGUGCUGCUCGGGGAGUCGGGCGUGGGCAAGUCGUCACUAGUCAACCAGUUCAUGACCUCAGAGUACAUCAACACCUACGACGCGUCCCUAGAUGACGAGUUCGGUGAGAAGAGCGUUUCGGUGCUGCUGGACGGCGAGGAGAGCGAGGUCAUCUUCAUCGACCACCCCGCCCAUGAGAUGUCUGUUGAGAAUUGCCUGUCCACGUACGACCCCCACGCCUGCAUCAUCGUCUACUCCAUCACGGACAAGGGGUCGUUCAAGAAGGCGGAGGACAUCAUCACGUAUCUCUGGCGCGAGAACUACCCCUCGGACAAGGCCGUCAUCCUCGUGGGCAACAAGGUGGACCUGGCGCGCUCAAGGGUGGUCAGCAUGGCAGAGGGCAAGUCGUUAGCGCGGAGCCACGACGGGAAGUUCAUCGAGACCUCCAGCGGCUUACAACACAACGUAGACGAACUGCUGGUGGGCGUGGUGAAGCAGGUGAGACUCCGGCUGGCGGCACAGAGGAAGAGGCUGAAGCGCGUCUCCACCUCCAAGACCUCGCUCAGCCUGCACGCCGCCAAGGACCUCCUCAACAAAAUGUGUCUCCUGGAUUCGAAGUCAAAAUCCUGCGAGAACCUCCAUGUGCUUUAGACGAUGAGCCUGGCCUUGUUUUUCUCCUCUUUCGUUGGUGUUUUGUCGUCUUCGUUUCCUCCUCUUCCUCUUCCUCUUGUUCGUUCACUGGUUUAGACUGGAGGUUGUUGUCACUAAUCUCUCGUUCUUCACUCCCUCUUGUUUCCUUCUCUUCCUCCUCUUCCUCUUGUUCGUUCACUGGUUUAGACUGGAGGUUGUUGUCACUAAUCUCUCGUUUUUCACUCCCUCUUGUUUCCUCCUCUUCCUCCUCUUCCUCUUGUUCGUUCACUGGUUUAGACUGGAGGUUGCUGUCACUAAUCUCUCGUUCUUCACUCCCUCUUGUUUCCUCCUCUUCCUCCUCUUCCUCUUGUUCAUUCACGUGGUUUUAGACUCGAGGUUGUCUAUACUCUCUCUCGUUCUUCACUUCCUCUUGUUUCCUCCUCUUCCUCCUCUUCCUCCUCUUGAUCGCCCACCUGCUUUAUAUUCUGAGGUCUUUCUCUUUCUCCUGUCUUAUUGUUCUCCUCUUUCUUCUGCGAUUCCUCUUCUUCCUCUUGUUCCUCUGGGGUUGUCCUUGCCUUUCUUCUCUCUUCGUUUCUUCUUCCUCUUCCUCUUUUUCUUCCAUGUCCUUUAUACCUUGAGGAUGCCUUGUUUCUCUUCUCUCUCUCUCUCUCUCUCUCUCUCUCUCUCUCUCUCUCUCUCUCUCUCUCUCUCUCUCUCUCUCUCUCUCUCUCUCUCUCUCUCUCUCUCUCUCUCUCUCUUUUCGCAUUUUCUUCCUCUUCCUUCUCUUCUUCCUCCAUGACCUUCAGACCUUGAGAAUGGCCUUGUCUCUCUUCUAUCUUGUUAACUUCUCUCUCUCUCUCUCUCUCUCUCUCUCUCUCUCUCUCUCUCUCUC